AUGGCUGAACUCGUUGAUAAGAUGAAGGAGGUGGUUUUGGGCGACAAGCCCGCUGCCGAGGCUCCUAAGGAGACCAAGGAGGCCAAGCCCGCCAAGGAAAAGAAGGCCGCCGACCCCAGCAAGUUUGGACAGGCCAAGCAGAAGAAGGUCAAGGCCCCCAAGGAGGGAGAGUCUGCCUCGUCUCGAGCUCUGGAGCUGGAUCCCAAGCCCGAGUUCCUCGAUUCGCGAAUCAAGAUGUUUGACGAGCUCAAGGUGGAGUAUGACGCGUUUGUGGCUGCUCAGGAGCGAAAGCCCAUUGUCGUGACUCUCAAGGACGGCACCCCCAAGGAGGCCACUGCCUGGGAGACCUCGCCCAUGGACAUUUGCAAGACCAUUUCCAAGUCGCUGCCCGAUCAGACCGUGAUUGCCAAGGUCAAUGGCGAGCUGUGGGACAUGGAGCGACCUCUGGAGGGCGACGCCAAGCUGGAGUUUUUGGACUUCAACUCCGACGAGGGAAAGCGGGUCUUCUGGCACUCGUCUGCCCACGUGCUGGGAGAGGCCACCGAGCGACACUACGGUGCCCACCUCUGCAUCGGACCCCCCACCGAGGACGGUUUUUUCUACGAAAUGUCAAUUGACAACGGCGACACCCACGUCCAGGCCUGUGACUACGAUCCUCUGGAGACCGUGGCCAAGUCCGCCAUCAAGGACAAGCAGAAGUUUGAGCGUCUGGUGCUCUCCAAGGAAAACCUCCUCAAGAUGUUUGCUUACAACAAGUACAAGGUUGAGCUAAUCCAGAAGAAGAUCCCCGACGGAACCUCCACCACCGUCUACCGAUGCGGUCCUCUGAUUGAUUUGUGUGUUGGCCCCCAUAUUCCCCACACCGGCAAGAUCAAGGCCUUCAAGCUGCUCAAGAACUCGUCGUCCUACUUCCUCGGAGACAAGGACAACGACUCCCUGCAGCGAAUCUUUGGUAUCUCGUUCCCCGACAAGAAGCUCAUGACCGAGCACCUCAAGUUCCUGGAGGAAGCUGCCAAGCGAGACCACCGAAAGAUUGGCCGAGAGCAGGAGCUGUUCCUGUUCAACGACAUGUCUCCCGGCUCGUGUUUCUGGCUCCCUCACGGCGCUCGAAUCUACUCUGCUCUCACCGACCUGCUGCGAAAGGAGUACCGAAAGCGAGGCUACGAGGAGGUCAUCACCCCCAACAUGUACAACUCCAAGCUGUGGGAGACCUCUGGCCACUGGCAAAACUACAAGGACGAUAUGUUCACAUUUGAGAUUGAGAAGGAAAAGUUUGGUCUGAAGCCCAUGAACUGUCCCGGCCACUGUCUCAUGUUCAAGGCCCGAGACCGAUCCUACAAGGAGCUGCCAUGGAGGGUUGCCGACUUUGGUGUCAUCCACCGAAACGAGGCCUCCGGUGCCCUCACCGGUCUCACCCGAGUCCGACGGUUCCAGCAGGACGAUGCCCACAUCUUCUGCAUGCCCUCGCAGAUCCAGUCCGAGAUCACCGGUAUCUUCGACUUCCUCAAGAAGAUUUACACCAUCUUUGGCUUUGAGUUCAAGAUGAAGCUGUCCACUCGACCCGACAAGUACGUUGGUGAGAUCGAGACCUGGAACGACGCCGAAAAGCAGCUCGAGGAGGCCCUCAACAAGUGGGGCGCCAACUGGGAGCUCAACCCCGGAGACGGUGCCUUCUACGGCCCCAAGAUUGACAUUGUCAUCUCCGAUGCCCUCCACCGAUGGCACCAGUGCGCCACCAUCCAGCUCGACUUCCAGCUGCCCAACCGGUUCGACCUCAACUUCAAGAACUCGGCUGCCAUGGGCGAGGGAGAGGCCGACUCCGCUGCUUUGUACACCCGACCUGUCAUGAUCCACCGAGCCAUCUACGGCUCGUUUGAGCGAAUGACCGCCAUUCUGUGUGAGCAUUUUGCCGGCAAGUGGCCCUUCUGGCUGUCGCCCCGACAGGUGCUUGUCAUCCCUGUUGGCCCCAAGUACAACGACUACGCCCAGGAGGUGCGUGACGAGCUCGUUGAUGCCGGUUUCUUUGCCGACGUCGACAACGGCCCCAACACCCUGCAGAAGAAGGUCCGAGAGGCCCAGCUCAAGCAGUACAACUUCACCUUCAUUGUCGGAGAGGAGGAGAAGACCGCCAAGUCGGUCAACAUCCGAGACCGAGACGACCAGAGCAAGCAGGCCAAGGCCGCUUCCAUUCCUCUGGACGAGGUCAUUUCGCGACUCCACAAGCUCAAGGACUCUAAGGCUCUCGCCCAGGCUGGCGUUCUUGUCUAA